GAGCGAGUAAACGGCGUGGACAUCAGUGAUAACCGGGGCGGUAAUGUAUCAGGAAACUUAACCAGCUGUUGGACUUCCUUCCUCUCGCCGGGGAGGUUGAGGCUGUGGCCUGUCAGGGACGCUCGACAUGCCGAAGCUCGUAGAGUCCCUGCAGUCCGGACUGGACUUCAUCGCAUUCCUGGGAGACAGGUUGUCCAGACACAGUAGUGAUGAUCUCCGAACUAUCUACAACACCGAGUUUAGGAACAGAGGAGGAGCAAAACACCCCAACUUUUCCAAUGUCAUCUUUGCUCUUCGGACGUUCGACAAAAUCCACAUAAGGAAGGGGAGAAUCUACAAAAAUGGCAACCCUAACCCUAAGGCCAGGGCGUCCUCUGACCAGUCGAAGAUGCUGGGGCCUCACCAAACAAUCCGCCAUUCUAAGGGGCAGGAGAAAGCAGCACAGUCACCUGUUCGCCCUCCAGACCCAGAACCUGCGAUGACCCCGAAGAAGAAGCGAGCCACGAAAGUCCUUCAGAUGAUGAACAGGAAAGAGGUGACCGAUGACAAAGAGGGAAUUGAAAUCACGUCAAAACCAGAAGGAAGCGACGGAAAGGUUCAGCUCGUCGUGGCGUUUGAAAAGCAGCCGUUCGUCGUCUCGUUCAACAUUUUAAACAACGGCGCGAAUGACGUCCACUUCAUCAAUUACACAGUCCUAGACAGGGUUCGCUGCUACAACUUGCAAGAUGAAAGAAAAGUGACAAAAGCCAACCCACUGCUCCUCCUUCCUGGUGAAAGUUACAAUGUUGCCGUAAGUUACAUACUCAAUCAGUGUGGCUAUUUCCCCGCCACGAUCUGCUUUGAGUUCCAGCUGGAACUGCCGGAGCCGGUGACCUUCUGCAUCGUCAGGGAGAUACAAGCAAUGGUCCAGACCUCGCUGGGUGAAGAACUGGGGCCUGUAGGUCCGUACAAACCGGUCCAGAAGGUCAAACCCAGACCACGUGUCAGAGAGGUGGUUGAGGGUGUGCCACCUCCAGGUUCUUCUGUCCAGCAGAUGCCAACCACAGUGAAGUUAGGAGAUUACAAGUACCCCAGCUUCCUGAAAGAGCUGGCCGAUCAAAGAAUGCAGGAUACCGAGUACCUUUCUCCUGCAGCGCGACAGCAGCUGGCACCAGUGAAGAAGCUCCUUGAAUCUUCUUUAGACAUGAAGAACUACUCCCGUCGGUUUCACCUACUGCUUCAUCUGGAAGAGAUCCAGAUGGAAGUGGACAUCAGAAAGUACGCCCUCCAGAAUCAGACCAUGGUCCAAGAUCAAGGCAACAGAAAACUUCUCACACUGAAAGUUCCCGGUGUCGCUGAAAAUCGUCCGUCUGUGCUGCGCGGAGAUUGUCUGAAGGUGAUGAAAUCGGGGCAUAAAGGCUCCUCGAUCACGGUGUACAAUGGAUAUGUCCACAGAGUCGAGCUGGACAGGGUGAAGCUGGGCUUUUCCAAAAUAUUGUUGGAGAUGUUUCUCACCAACAUGAAGUUCGAUGUGGAGUUUACAAUCAACAGGUUGACCAUGAAGCUGCAGCAUCGAGCCGUGGAACUGGCAGCGAAACACGAGCUUGGCGAGGUGCUCUUCCCUUCUGAUAAAGCUGCGUCAAGUGUUCCCAUCACCAAACUAAGCAGUAUGUUCAACCGUCAGCUAGAAAACAACCCGGAGCAGUGCAAUGCGGUCCAACACAUCGUUGCCGGAUCUUCAAAGCCUGCUCCUUAUAUCAUCUUUGGGCCACCAGGAACCGGAAAGACAAUCACUCUGGUCGAAGCGAUAAAUCAGAUCAACAGGACAGACUCAUCAGCACACAUCCUCGCCUGUGCACCUUCCAACAGUGCAUGCGACCUGCUUUGUGAGAGACUGAAACCUCACCUGUCCUCCCAUCAGCUGUACCGCAUGUACGCCAGUAGCCGAGACCCGAACAGUGUCCCCAAAGGCCUGCUGAAAUACUGCAACUGGGAUGAGAAACACGAUUGUUUUGUGUUUCCAGAUAAGACAAUUCUGAUGAAAUACAAAGUUAUCGUGACAACUCUGUUCACGGCUGGCAGGUUUGUGACUGGAGGGGUUCCUGUUGGUCAUUUUUCUCACGUGUUUGUGGAUGAAGCGGGUCAAGCGGAGGAGCCACAGUGCCUUAUUGCAAUUGCCGGUUUGCUCUGCUCUAAGAAGGGUCAGCUGGUGCUUGCAGGAGAUCCCAAACAGCUGGGACCAAUCAUUCGAUCUCCUUAUGCAAUAAAGCACGGGCUUGGUCUUUCUCUUUUGGAGAGGCUGAUGAAUCGUAAAACUUAUCAAGAUCUUAACUCUCGCUUUGUCACAAAACUACUGCAAAACUACAGAUCUCAUGCUGCCAUUCUGAAGAUCCCCAACGAGUUGUUCUACAAUAAUGAAUUGCAGGUUUUUGCAGACCGGUGGGAGCGUGAAACCUACUGCAACUGGGAAACCCUUCCCCAAAAGGGGUUCCCAGUGAUCUUCCAUGGAGUUCUGGGAAAGGAUGAGAGAGAGGCCAAUAGUCCAUCUUUCUUCAACGUGUCUGAGAUCGAGACAUUGGUCACAUAUCUCAACGCUCUGGACCAAACACAAGGAAAGACGGGUCUGCCCAAGCUGUCGGCUAAAGACAUCGGCAUAAUCACCCCCUACAGGAAACAAGUUGAGAAAAUCCAAAAGGCACUGAGGUCCCUCAAAACACUCAGUCACUGGAAUGAUCUCAAAGAACUCAAGGUUGGCUCUGUCGAAGAGUUUCAGGGACAAGAGAGAAAGAUCAUCAUAAUCUCCACGGUGCGUAGCAGCCUCAGCUACGUUAAAAUGGACACAGAUUUUAACAUCGGAUUCCUUUCGAACGAAAAGAGGUUCAACGUGGCGCUGACAAGAGCCAAGUCUCUACUUAUAGUCAUAGGGAACCCUGUGAUCCUCAGGAAGGACCCUGUGUGGCAGAAGUUCAUCAACUACUGUGUGGAGAUGAAGGGCUACGUAGGGAUUGAUUUUAAAAAUGUUGAAGAGGAAGAUCUCUUUGAGGCAAAAAUGGCAUCCCUGAGAAUCAGCGACCCCAAAAGUCCAGGUGAAGAGAUGAGUGCCUUCCAGCAGCAUGUCGACCCUGGAUGGAAGAUUGAAAUUUAGGGGGUUCCAUUUUGCAGCGAUAUCUUCAAAGGAUGGGUUUUUUUCUCGGACCAAGCCAAACGGCAAAUCUGUUUUUUUCUUCCUCUUUCUAUCUAUUGCAUACAAUUUUUAAACAUGUCUACAGUCUUUGCACAGAAUCUUUUUCUAGAAUGUGAACUAUUUCUCCCAAAAAAAAUACUGCAAUUACACAUUUAUUAUGCUUUGUGUGUAAAAGCAGCAAAAAAAAAAAAAAAAAAUCAAAUUUUCACAUAAUUUCACGCAAAAAAAGUGAUUUGCACCCUUUUAAAGCUGUAAAUAACCUUGUUGGAAGCAUCACAUGCUUCCAACAAGGCUGAAAAGAAACAGGCACACAGAUGAUAAAAUUUAUCUUGUUUUGAUCCUCUUGAAUGUAUCCCUUUUUCUUAUCGGUGCUCAUUUAUCAAGCAUUACCUUUUGAACUUUGUAUUUUGUGAUAUACGGGCUAAGCAAAUUAAUAAAAAAAUAGUCUUUUUGAAACA